AUGGAACAACCGCAGAAUGAAUGUACCACGGAAGAGAAGUCCUCCGGGAAUCGGAAAAGGAGAUACAAGCCUGACUCUAAAACCUAUCACACUAAACGAUUCCAUUACUACUUCCCGGACGAUCCCCGAACAAGUUGGGUUCCAAGAAAUUUCCAAGGAGGCUGGGGCCCUUCCACACCUACCAACAUGCCAAUUUGGGCUAGAGAGAUGGGAGCUAAGGAGCUCUACUCGCCUCCUAAGGUAUGCAUCUUGGCUCUGGCCAUGAUGAUUGCAGGUAUCCCCACAGUACGAGUGCCAGGACUGAGCGAUGUAGAUAUGAUCAUGGCAGCCCAGAAAUUCAUCAGAGAGAAUUCUCAAGUAUGA